CAUGCGCACUGAAGUUAAUAGCGGGUGCAAAGGUGAGUCAGUAAGAGGAGUUUAGGGUUUGCCUGUCACCUGUGUGUGUGUGUGUGCCGUGCUUUCCUCUAUCACAAUGGCGUACUGUGAGAGCGGGGGAGCUAGGAUUUUACUAUGUUUAGGGCUUUUGGUGGUCGCUAGUUCAUUUUGCAGAUGUAGAGUCCUGUCGAGGCUUAAGUCACUGGGUAAAUUAAAAGAAGACUCGGCGCUGAGCCAAGGGCAAGUUGAAGGAAGCGGUCUACGCAGCGGGAGACUCGUAAUUGGGCCAAACUCUGUGCAGGAUGUUAAACGAAAAGGAACCAGGACCACUAAGAAACGUCUGAGAUUUGAUACUGAUUACCAGGCAGAUAUGGUUUGGGCAGAAGCAAGACAAGCUCAAGGACAAGGACAAGGUGAAGGCUUUUCAAUGCCAAAACAGGACAAUUCAGCAGUGGAGCGACUCCUUGGACUGGAACCUAAGGUGGAAUGCACAGGAGACUCCAUGAAGCUUAAAGUCCAUGAUUCUGCUUCUACACCUGGGUCUCUGUUCUAUGUGGACAGGGGAAGUCAAUAUUCUCCUCUACCUCUGUCCAAGUUGCCACCAAGCUGUGGAUACACAAUGACAUCAACAAGGAGAGAUUUUGUCUUGGUUGCACCCUAUGACGGCUGCUUUGUGUCUCUUCAGGAGGACAAUUAUGUUCUUCCUCUGCGUUGGCAUGGGUUACCAGUGAGAAUGUCAUGCCCUCUUAUGAGACCGUCUUCACCUAGCCCGCCGAUGGUCACCUGCCACUGUGAGGGCAUGGUUAUAAGAACAGAAUGGAUACUCGCUGUGGAUAAAAUCAAAGUAAACUUGAAUGGUAACUGGGAACCACUGAUGGAUGCCUCAUCUAAAUGUGGGUUCAGUGUAGUUGUACAUCCUGAGGGUGUAGUCAUCUCUGUUCACUAUGCACCCUGCCUGGAGAAAAAGGAUGGCAUGUACACACUAGAGCUGACUGGAGAUGGACAAACUAAGAUUUCCUGCCCUGUCCUGUUUGAAACGCAACCUAAACCCACAGGAAAGGAUCCAGAAAAGCAACCUGAAAUGCCAGGCAAAGGGGUGCAUCAUACCAUCCCACCCCGAACUCCAUGUCCUCAGUCUGCAGUUCCUGAAGUCCCAAGUAUUCCUCAGAACCCAGAUGUACCAUACCAGAAACCAAAGUGGCCAAAGGAAACUGGGCAAUCUCAGUUGCCCUUCUAUCCUCAGUCUCCCUAUUUCUUCUACCCUUAUCCAGACACUAAACCUUUACCUACUGCACAGCCAUCCACCUCUCCUAUACCCAAGAAAACUGAUGGACUGCAAAUUAAACAAACUCUUCCUCCCUUCAUCCCACCCCAAGCUCCAAAUCCUCAGUCUGUAGUUCCUGAGGUCCCAAGUAUCCCUCAGAACCCAGAGGUACCAUACCAGAAACCAAAUUGGCCAAAGGAAACUGGGCAAUCUCAGUUGCCCUUCUAUCCUCAGUCUCCCUAUUUCUUCUACCCUUAUCCAGACACUAAACCUUUACCUACUGCACAGCCAUCCACCUCUCCUAUACCCAAGAAAACUGAUGGACUGCAAAUUAAACAAACUCUUCCUCCCUUCAUCCCACCCCAAGCUCCAAAUCCUCAGUCUGUAGUUCCUGAGGUCCCAAGUAUCCCUCAGAACCCAGAGGUACCAUACCAGAAACCAAAUUGGCCAAAGGAAACUGGGCAAUCUCAGUUGCCCUUCUAUCCUCAGUCUCCCUAUUUCUUCUACCCUUAUCCAGACACUAAACUUUUACCUACUGCACAGCCAUCCACCUCUCCUAUACCCAAGAAAACUGAUGGACUGCAAAUUAAACAAACUGUCCCCCCAUUUAAUCUGCCAGUUGCUCCUCAGGGACAAGUUCCUUUGCCAUUUUUUCCUUAUACCUGGCCACCCCAACCUGAAAAAGUGCCUGAACACCCAGCACAGACUCCAGCCACACAACCACCACCAGUUGAAAACCCUUUUAACCCUUAUCCAUACUAUGUUAAGCCACCUAAUCCUAAUCACUUUCCUGCACAGAAGCCUGAACUGAUCCCAGUGUCUCCUCCAGCUAUCCAAAUUUCUAAUGGCCAAAGACCCCCAAACCAUGAAACUCCACCACCACAAGGUAAAUAUGUCCCAAAUCCAUUUAACCCCCCACCUGAAGGACCUCCUUCAAGUGGGCCUGUGCCACAGAAACCACCAGUUUCUCAGGAACCAAAGGGACAAGUUUAUCAGCCAUUCAACCAAUUACCCUUUUGGCCACCUGUCUGGCCUCAGGGCCCUUUCCAGACUCGCAUGCCUCCUAUACAGGAAAAUCAACCAGCUCAGAAGCCAAUGGAUAAACCUUCAUAUCCUCAAGCACCAAAAACUCCCACUGAAAAGCCAGCUCCAAGUGAGCAACCUCCUCAUGUCAAACCUCAAAAUGGCCAGUUUUAUCUUCCUAACAUUUACUACCCACUGCAGCCCCAACUACCUCAGCCUGUAACACCUGCUCCAUCCACUCAGCCACCAAAACAGAUCACCACUGCUCAACCAAAAAAUGAUGACACAGCCUCACAAAGCCCACAAUCAGGCUAUCCAUAUAUGCCCCCAAUGCUCUGCCCUCAAGUUUGUCCAUCAGGGUUUUCUAACUGUUGUCCACAAAUUGCUUUCCAUCAACACCUGCAUCAUUUUGUUCCGCCUGGAUUUGGCAAUUAUUUGACUGCUCCUCCCCCUCAAGAGCCAAGUGAGGCAGCAACAACCACACAAUCUUCCACUUCACCUCACCCCCUUACUAAGAAUGAAAAGCACCCAUAUCUCUUGCCACUAGAUGGCAUUCAUGCUGCACCAGGAGGUGUUCCCAGGGACACUUCAAAUACUAAACCAAUUUACCCCUAUUUUAUACCAAAUAAACACUAUUCAUAUGAACCACAAAAGGAGAUGCUUGAAAACUCUCCACAAACCCAAACAGCAGAUCAGUACAAUACUCCUGAUGGUCCAGGAAAUCCAGUGGUGCCAUAUUACAUCCAGCCAACAGGACAGCAAAUGAGCCAACUGUUACCUGUGGACAUGAAUCCUCCGUCUUGGCAUGAUUUCAUGUCUGUUAUUGCCCAGUAUCAACAGCAGCAUUUCGCAAAUGAGCAAAGUGAACCAUCCGCUAAGAAACUGCACCAAUCUGAUGAGGGAUCAAUUGAGCAGACUCGUACUAAAGUUCUCAGUGUACUUGAUCGCCCUCUUGUCCCUUACUCCAUGCUGCAAGAUGAUCAAGCACCCACUAAUUCCUCUCACUCUUAUGAAAGUGGCUCAAAGAAACCCAGUCAUAAAAGGACCAUCCAACCCAAACUUGAGUCACAGGGUUAUAUACUUUUACAGCGUGGCCCGCCAGGUAGGGAGCCCGACCGUCUGGAUAGUGACUUUCAUCAUCCCAAUUUAAACCCCCCUCAGGAAAAUCUGCAACGCCCAGGAUGGCUUGAAAAAAUGUCCAAUCCUCUACCUGUGGAAUACAGGCCACGACCUGUUGAUGAAUCAGCUAUAGAUCGUUCCCAUUUGGUGCCUCUGUCCUCAGACGGGUCUUUGAGUGCAGCACAUUUCAAGUCUGAAUUCAUUAAAUCCUUGAAAGACAUGUGGAAGCCCACUACUCAUAACUCCAACCAAAAGAAGCCUAUGGUCCAACAAAGGCAUUUCAGUGAUGGAGCCCAGCAGGACUAAAGUAAUCUGCCCAAAGUGGAGUUUGAAAUUGGAAGCUGUAGAGGUAGAUAAGCGAAUAAAAAAAAAUGUAAAUGUUA